AACAACACAGUUGCCAGUGUGUUGUUAAGCCGCCGCUGAGGGCAGGUGUGCGGGUAGUAGCCUGAGGAAAUCUUCUAAUAAAUUGCUUUAUAGAAAUAUACAAGAAUUGUCUGACGGCGUUAUAUGUUUAAAGAUGUCAAGUAAAAUUCUACAGAUGACUAUAAGUGCUCAAUCAAAACCUGUGCACACAGCAUCUAUUAUAUUUAUGCAUGGAUCAGGUGGCACAGGUCCUAUGUCAAAGGAAGGUAUCAAGAUAACUUUAGGUAAACGCUUGACGUUCCCACAUAUUCGCAUCUUGUAUCCGACUUCACCACUGAGACCAUACACCCCAUCAAAUGGUUACCUACAACACGUCUGGUUUAAUAGACACAGUAUCUCACUGGAAGCGCCAGAAGACUUAACAACUAUUGAGCCCAUGGCUGAGGAAAUUAACAACCUUAUAGACCAAGAAAUUCAACAAGGAAUUGAUGUUAAGAGAAUUAUCUUAGGAGGAUUUUCCAUGGGAUCAAGCUUGGCAAUGCAGAUGGGAUAUCGCUUCCGUAAAGAUAUAGGAGGAGUGUUUGUGUUGUCAUCCUUCCUGAACCAGCACUCUAAGGUGUAUGAGGCCCUGGAAUCUUCACCAGAUGAUAGUCGCCCUCCAUUGUUUAUGUGUCAUGGAGAGAAGGAUGAUGUAGUCCCUUAUGUUUGGGGUGAACACACCUUCAAGGAGCUACAAAGGCGUGGGGUGCCGGGGGAGUUUAAAUCCUUCCUUAACUUGUACCAUGCAGUAAAUAAAGAGGAAUUGAUUAUGUUACAAGAGUGGAUUUUGCAACAACUUCCACCUCUUCAAAAUUAGAGUUAAUUGAAUGAAAUGCAAAACAAGUUAGCCGUAUGUAUUGUAUUAUUUGAAUUCACUUCAGUACAUCACCAUACUAUUACAAAUAUAUGCUGUUGACUGCAUCCUGAAACACGUUAAUUGUCAUGAAAAUUUCCUAUCUUCAAGAUUUUUUUCCCUCGUUAUUUAGUAAAGCGCGUGAUAACAACUAUUAUAAUACAGUGCUGUACUUGUAUAUUGUGAAAUGUAUCACCAGAUAAUAAUUUAUGUACAAGUUUGUUAGUAAUUAUAGCUGAUGUAUUGAUAAGAGGAUUCAUCUGUUUCAUUUAGUAAUAAUAAUAAUAAUAAUAAUAAUUAACGGUUUAUUGAAAGAGCUUGGCAGCCAGAAGGCUGAAAAUAUACAGUUACAUAUUUGGGGAAUGGGUUUCGAAUUACAAAUAAUAUACAAGUAACAUAAGUGACACAAAUAAGACAUAUAAUAACUAGAUGGGGAAAAGCUCAAACUACAGUUCAUUUCAACAUAGUGACAACUGAUAGAACUACUACAGGUGAUCAUGGCCAACCUACGUAAGUGUGGUAAAUGGUUGUAAAAUGAUGGUGGUGAUUUUAAAUGUUGAAGGGAAUAAUGUAAUUUUCUAAUUUAUUAUUUUUAUUUUUGAAAGAGUAAAAGUUAAAUACUUAGUACAGUACUUGUGAUAUCCUUAUCAAAAACUCAUGUACAAUUUAAUCAUCUCAUUAAUUCUGUAUAUAAUGAGUACAGUACAACACACUUACACAGUUCUAAUGUCUACUCUACUUGUACAGAAUAUGGUGUAAGAGGUUACUAUUGUAAGAUGAAAGGUAGUAAAAGAUAUUAUCCUGUCACAUAAUUUAUUUUUUAAACAGUAAAGGUGUUAUACAGGUACAGUA